AUGGCUGCUGGAUUGUGCAGACUUUCGUCGGACAUGAUAAUGAAGCAACAACGCUUACCCUCUCAUUUGAUGGUGUUGCACCCUGAAUCAUGUGGGCGUUCGUGCUCCUGCGCAACGUUGGUUUUUCAACAGUGGAAGCAUGCAACUGCUAAGUCAAUGGCGAUGACGGCACUGACGAGUCGCCGUUUCGGUGACUCACGGAAGAAGGUUACAGAGGUCUAA